AUGAAAUCCUCAUCUGUCUUUGCUCUUGCCGCCUCUGCCGCUCUCUUGCUCAGUCAAGGAACAACGUCCGAAUCAACUUCCUCAGCACCAGCAACAACACCUACGACACCACACUUUCUAAAUGCCGACUCGCUCAUUGGUCUUGAGGACUCCAUUGAGAGUAAAGCAGCUUAUGCAACAUUAGCAGCAAUCGCGAUACCACAUCUUCCGCGCACUGAUCUGAAUAUUGAGCUUGACGACUCCGACCACGUUGAGUUCAACCAGACUGAACGUAAAGGAGGCGGGGGCGGUGGUCAUGGAGGGGGAGGUGGUCACUCAGGUGGAGGCCAUGGUGGAAGUAGCUCAGGGGGUACGGUCGUUGCUGGUGCUGGCGGGAAUGGAGUUAAGAAGAGUGAUGGUUCAUCUUUGAGCAGUAGCACCGGACUAUUGGUUGGUACAGGGGGCGUGGUGGUAGCGGGUUUGUUGAUGCAUUAA